ACGGCGCCCAACAAUUGGCAUCUGAGGCUACUGUUUACAUUAUGCUCGAAGAUGUAAACGAUGAGAUACCAUUGUUUACCGAACGUGAACAGGAGACUGUGCUGGAAGGUGAACCCAUUGGCACGAAAGUGACGCAAGUGAAUGCCAUCGACAAGGAUGGCACAUUUCCAAACAAUCAGGUCUACUACUACAUCGUUGAUUCACCGCGCAAUGAAGGCAAAGAGUUUUUUGAAAUUAAUUUGCAAAGUGGAGAGAUCUUUACCAAAACCGUAUUCGACAGAGAGAAGAAAGGAGCUUAUGCACUAGAAGUGGAAGCGCGGGAUGGCGCGCCAUCAGCAAGGCCGAACAGUAAUGGACAACCAAAUUCAGGUUAGUAACAAUGUACUAGUUACUUACCUAUAAUACACCCAUUAUAAAGAUGUUAUGCUGCGCGCGCAAAUUUAUUCGACAAUUAUUCAGAUUGCAGGUUGUGUAUAAG